AUGUCCUCGCCCAAUAUCACUAGAAACAUACCCAUUGGUGAUAGAAACCCCCGCAAGAGCAACAGAAAUCUGGGCGAAGUCUGGGACCCAGUGCAGUACUCGUCAGAGCAGCUAGCUUUUGAUAGCUGGAACUUCAUGUUUUUGAGAUCCCUUUGCAAGGGUCUCACCGCCCGCCAGGGUAUCCCGCCCUCCAGCGUACUCGACAUUGGGUGCAGCUGCGGCCUUUGGGUCGUGGAAGCCGCCCACCAGUGGCCUGACUGUAAAUUCAUCGGUUUUGACUGCCGCCAAGUCCUGCCUGACUUGAAGAGGUUCGCCGAACAGCCAGGUGUCGGCAACAUCGUUGACCGGAUCCGCUGGGUGCACGGUAACUUCCUUGAUCCGUUGCCAUUUAAAGCGAGCAGCUUCGAUUUUGUCCGCAUUUGCGGCAUUGGAAUUAGCGUCCCGGAAGACGAGUGGGGGCACUUGUUGCAGGAAGUUUCAAGGGUCCUGAUUCCUGGCGGAUAUGUCGAGAUUAUUGAAGAUGACCUCAUCUUCCCCUGUGGCUCUCAGCCAGACUGGACCAAAUUCGAGGUUGUGCCCAUCCUUAAGGCGCCAAGCACCGACACCAUUUCUGAUCCGCCAAAGUCACCGACCCUCUCCCGCCGGCUCACUCGCAGACCCUCUUCUUCGCGCCUCGUCUCCUCUCUUUUCCCGUCAGACUCGAACCCCAACAAUCCCAACGAUCCGUUCGCAAGCCCAGUGGAGUCCGAACGCAUCGACUACCUCGAGGUGCUCGACCCAAAGAAUCACGCAAAAUUGAAGGCCGCGUGGGACCGCUUGCUCCUCAACCGCUUCCUCCCUCCCGGUCUGCUCUCGGUGCUUCAGUUCUACUUCGCUACCGAGUUUGAAGAGGAGCAGACGUUCCCGACAAUCCAGAUCACGCUCCCACCGAACACCCGGAUGUACGAGCCGAAGGCAUCGGACCCUGGACCUCCUGUUCUCCCUCAUAUCUUCCCCUUGCCCGACGUCCUUGUACCCCGCAACUUCUCGACAGUGACGGACCUGCAGUUUGAAGAGUACCGCAGAUAUGCCGAGGGAGGACCGCCGGGCCCGAUCACCUCGUCGACGUGGGCAGCGAUGCACCUCGGGCGCACGGUCGCACUCGUCGCCGGCUGCAAGCAGGCGAUCUUUGAGGAGUACAAGAGCCUCGAAGGACCCCCGCCGACGACGCAGAACGCGAUUUCUGACAUGAAGGACGAGUUCAACGCGGCGUGGUUGAACUGGGAAUGCGACAUGCGAGACCGCAUGCGCAUGCGCACCUUCAUGGACAGUGCCGUGGCGUGGACGCAGGAAGCACCCGAUGAGCCACCUGACGUGAAGGAUUGGCGAAACCGUGCAGGCUUCAUGGAGGUCGACGAAGAGAACCCAAUUCUGGACCAUCGUAUCUGUAGAUCUAUGAGAGCGUUCGUUGGACGUAAGCCGUUCAACCGCGAUAUCGCUUGA